CUGCCAGCAUGCCCAAAGGGUUCCUCGUGAAAAGAAACAAGAAAGCGGGGCAUGUUUCGUACCGGGUGCGCUCUGAAGAGGAUGCCCAGGAACAGGCUCCAGCACCCGCCUGCCAAAAUUUCACCGACACCCCAUCCACUGCUGUGUCCGCCGCAUCCAGCCCUGAGCGGGUCGCAGCAUCACCCAUCCACGUAGCAGACACGCCAGCGCCUGGCCAAGAGGCGAAACAUGUGCAAUUCGGCAACCCCGAGGCACUGUACCAGGCGCUCUAUAGCCCCACCCGACCCAUCAGCAAGGAGCACGAGAAGAGGUACUUCGACAGAAGUUUGAACCUCGGCUCGCCCAUCUCCGCUGAGUCCUUUCCAACACCAGCCUCCCUCAGCAGCUUGGACCACCUGCUGUUCGCCCCGGUUGACUUGAAAAUCGGCACCAGCAACAGCAACCGGAUCGGCAGCAACAGCGCUAUACCAAGUAAUACCAUCAGGAACACCACCACCACGAAAAGGCCUUCAUCCGACAGUGAACGGAAAAGCAAAAACCCAAAAAAGCCCAAAGCGAUUCGCAAACUUAAUUUCGAAGACGAAGUGACAACGUCUCCUGUACUGGGUCUGAAAAUCAAAGAGGGACCUGUAGACCCGAAGCCAAGACCCCUAUCCGCGGGAAGCAACAAGCCAUUGGGAGAGUUCAUUUGCCAGCUGUGUAAAGAAGAGUACCCGGACCCGUUUUCCUUAGCUCAACAUAAGUGCUCUAGAAUUGUGAGGGUCGAGUACAGGUGCCCGGAGUGCGAAAAGGUAUUCAGCUGUCCAGCCAAUCUCGCCUCUCACAGGCGCUGGCACAAGCCAAGAGCCCAGAGGAUGGCGGGGAUGCCAGCACCGCAGGGCAUGAAAAUGCACUCUGCCAAAGUCGCCACCGAUGUGAAAUCAGCACCGGAAGACAUGAAGGAUGCGAGAAUAGAACUUCUCUCAGACAGAGACACCACCAGCCCAGUUUUAUCGGAAUCUGGCUCCGAAGAUGGAAUGUAUGACUGCCAACACUGUGGGAAACGAUUUAAACGCCAAGCGUACUUGAGAAAACACAUUUUGGCUCACCAAGCUUUGCAAAAUCAGCUCCUUGACGAGCAAGCCUUUCAACACGUAGAUCGACUGGAGUCUGCCCAUCAUGUGUCCUCUACAACAGACGAAAGCCAAAGCCCGAGUCCCCUGAACCUGAGCCCCGUUGACUGCCUUCUCUGCCCCGUCUGUGGGGAGAAUUUUCCCAACCGGGCCAGUCAGGAGCGGCACCUGCGUCUCUUGCACUCAUCUCAAGUUUUCCCGUGCAAGUAUUGCCCUGCCACGUUUUACAGUUCGCCCGGACUCACAAGGCACAUCAACAAAUGUCAUCCAUCAGAAAACCGCCAGGUGAUCCUUCUCCAAAUGCCCGUGCGCCCCGCCUGCUGAACAGUUGUCUGUCAUUGAAUCAUACUGUAAACUGAUUAAAGCGUGAAUGACACCCCCGGGGUUGUUUUCAAGCGGUCAUCCAAAAUAGCAUUAGAUGUGGGUCACGCUGAGGACAGGGCGCGCGAAGUGGCUUUCAAAACAAAACCAGCACAGCAUCGACGUCUGAAAUGAAAUAUAUUUUCAGAAUCUUUCAGAGAAGUUAGAAUGCUUGAAGGGAAAGGUGUUGUUAGUUCGUCUGUUCAACUGUUACUUUAGGACAAAUGCACUCGUGGUAAUGUAAUAGCUUAGACCUAAGAGAUGUUUUAGGUGUACCUCUUGUCAUGAAAGCCUUUCAAUUCACAUGCUGUAAAAUGUGUCUAUCAUUGUAGCUUUAAAAAAUAGCUUGUGGAUCGCAGGACAGAUUUGUCUCUGCCUUUGUGACAAGGGUAUCAGAAUAUUUCCCUUGAUAGUGAUAGGCCACCUAUGCCUUGUAGAGUUGUAAACACACGACAUGCGCUGUACAACUGCCUUAAAGACUUCAAUUUGAUGAUUGUUUUUAAUUUUUAAUGUUGGCACAUUUUAAAAUAUUUCAGUGUAAUUAUUGCAAUAUGUUUAAUCUUAAUAAUUUAUUUUUAUUUAUUUAUUUAACAUUAUUUUAUUCAAUGUAUUGUAUUGUGCGAUUCUUCCUGUGUGUCCUGACAUAUUGUAGCCAAAUGUUUUUUGUCCUUGUUAUUAUUGUUACGACGUUGUCAAUGUUGUGAGUGGUUGCUCAAUUUACAAUCUACAGCUCUUGUAAACGUAAAGCUCUUAUAGAUGCAAUCGUUUUUGUAUAAACAGGUUAUUUUGGUAAAUGUUUGCUUUUAUAGCGCCUUGAUUGUAUGUU